GCGAUUUGCAAUAUUGUGUUGAAUUUGGUGUUGCAGCUGUUCAUACUUCGAGAAUUGAUUUGAUUUUGAAGACAUUGAUAAAAUGGUCAGUUAGGGCGAAGGAAAUUUCGCCAGCUGGGCCAGCUGCCAGCCUGAGCAGCCCCCUGGCCGAGAAAAUGUGGCCAAAAGCAUUUUGGCCAGCAGCGCGUGGUAGGUGUGUUUUUGCCGAGCGUGGGUCGGACCCUGGUCCAAGUUUGGUUCUGUUGAGCCAAAGCGACGCAUCACACCAGACGCAGAGGUUCUCAGUUGGCCCAGACGUUGCGAACAGAAGCAUGUGGAUGCGUUGUGCUGGGAAGUUUGCCACGGCCCUCCUGGUGUUACGACUCGUGGAAAUCGGCAAACUCCCAGGGCUCGAUGAGCCAAUUGUUGAGUUUCUUCAGUUACAGAAAGUGGAGAACCAUUCAGUACUGCAGCGAUUGACGUUGCGGCAUGUCAUGGCAGGCGUGGGUGGCUUACCCUACUGGCACUGGACGCCUGACUGGGUGAAAAAAAGAAUCAUGCCAGCGUCCAGUAUAUGUGAAGAGGCACUUCGCAAGGUAAGCCCCUCAUUUGUUCUGGGCUCCCGAUUUCAAUAUUCCAACAUGCAGUGGGCAAUCGUAGAGCGUGCUGUCGAAGUUGCCACAGGCUGGAGCUUCCCCGAUGCAGCUCGCUGGUAUUUGUUCGAUCCACUCGGCAUUUCGAAUCGAACGUAUUAUCAGUCUGAGACACUGCCUUCUUGCUCCCAGAGUGUUUCAACGCGAGUUUAUGAGAUCAAUUUGCGGGCAGGGAUCGGCCUUAGUUCGAUUGCCGCGGAUAUGUUUCUCCUUGGUGAAGCCGCCCGUACUGUUGGAUUUCUGUCGAUUCGCGGAGUGCAAGAAGUAGUUAUGGAUCAACUGCGCCACAGAUUUCCCGCCGCGAUUCCGAGUUUCCUGAACAAUGCCCCAGUAACAGAUUUCACUGCAAAUGGGAUAGAAUGGUCUGGCCGAGGCUUUGCUGGCUACUACUGGGCAGACGAAUGGCUUGUGGGCUAUGGCGGGCCAGAAGGAUUCUGGGGUCAGAAGGUUCUGUUACGCGUCAAGAAUGGACUCGGAUCAGGGCCACUUUUGGUACAGUGGGUUUCUACACCGCAUUCUAACAAGAGCGCGCAAGAUUUUGCCAGGAGCGUGUUUGAUCUAUUCACUGCUGCACCCGACAGAUUUGGUUCCUCAUUGCCAGAUUGCCAAACAGGCGCUGGCAUCGGUGGUUCAAUUGCAAUCUGGAAUGUCGCGGCAGAAAGGUCCAACUCGAGUUACAAAACACGAGCGGAGGAUGCACUAGUGCCAGAGUGCAUGUACGCAAGAAGAACGUUGGAGCCGCUUGGCGAUCACCCAGUGUGCAAUCGUCAAUUUAUUAAAGACUCCCAAUCCAGUGAUUAUCAAACAAUGGCGGAAUGGGCCGAGACCACGAUCGAUGUAAUCGGGCUUCGUGCCGAGCCACACAAUGUCAAAGAGUUUCAGCUGAGCGCGCAGAUGUUGAAUGAGGGGCUUAGCAAGAAUUGUCGGCUCGAAGGGUGGCUUAAGGAAUUGGUGAAAUGGCCCAUCGACAAACAAUGUAUUGAUAUAGAGAACCAACCAGCGUCGAGAGUGCGAGAUGUGUACGAGUAUGCGCGUUGUGGGAACGGUCUUGGGGCCACAUGUGACAGAGACGUGAAACAUGUGACAGAAGCGUGUAACCGCUUGGCCGCAGCGUCUAUUGCAUGGAAAAUGCGGAGUGGUCUCGCAAAGGAGUAUCCCGACGUGCCGAGCAUGUUCGACAUUGUUCGACAGCACCACUAUUGGAUGGAAGUCUAUUAUGGCAAGAAUCGUCUGGCACCAAGGCCAAAGUUGCUUACACCGCCGAAAAGAAAGGGGCAGAAAUAUUGUUACAUGUUUCCGAAGCCAAGCAACACGCUUUGCCGAGGAGGACUGGCUCAAUACCGCGCCUUGGCAUCAGAGUUGGAGGAUCUUCUUCCAGGCGGGCGAAAUCUAUGGCAUCACGAGUUUGCACUUUCUAGGGAUUUUAUUGCUUAUCGUCCAUUACCUUCCCUCGCUGGAUUUGAUAUGAAUGCGAUCGCCAACGAGCGGAAAAUAUUAAUAGUUGCUGGUGCUAAUGGCUUCUUCCGUGCACCCAAAGUUCUCAUGGACAUGUACCGCCCAUACUUUGAGUUCGAUCGAGUGGUACUCUUCGAGCCUGACUCGCACGGCAUGAGUGUGCCAUCGCAUUGUAAUGCGAGCGGUAAUGUGGAGUGGGUUCAAGGUUUCGUGAAGGUCGCGUCAUGUGAUGCGUCCGACCUCAUCACAUACUUGAGUCACAAUGUUUCGCCAGAUAAUUUCGUUGUUGUCGUGUUCGACGUUGACGAUGAGCAUGCAGGCGCUAGUCAUGGUGCCACCAUGGAGUGGGGUUGGCUUGCAACUUUAGUGAAUCACGACCUUCGGCUGAUUGAUGAACUUUACAUCGAAUUACACACGUACAAACCAGAAGUUGGGUGGUAUCACGAUCGGCACAGUGCAUGGGAGCAAUACGAUGUCAUGCACCAGUUGCGGUACGUGUGUGGGGCAGCGGUCCAUGCUUGGCCUUGACAUAUGCAGAGUGUUGUGUUGGCUAUGAAGUGUUUCGCUGUUGGCGUUCGAUUAUUCAGCGAGGGAUCUGUUCGAUGCCCCAGUAUGUGUGCCGUUCUCGCCAAUGCGCGUCAGGCUGCAAUGCUGGCUUGGCGAAUGGUCAGGAGGAAGGGGGGAGGGCCGCGGACGGCCGAGGCGCCCUGAUGGCGUGAUGUUUUUCCCGGACCUUGCGGAGGGGUUCCCGUUUAGUGUGCUUCUGGGAGGUCUGGGGGGG